CUGCGGGAAGCAAACCACGACUUGGUGAUAGUCCCAGUGUGUAGCAGUGACGACCUUCUGUUGACGCUCAAGUUUGCUUCCUCCACUGCAAUAGUUUGUGGCACUACAUUAAACGAAAAUCAUCAAGACGCUCUACCUUCUGGGACGACUCCUAAGGCACCAAGACAUUAGAUUGUGCACCAACCUACAGUACCUUCCAGGACGACCCUCAAGCCACUAAGCCAGUGUAGCAACCUUGAGGGAUCUAGGUGGAGCCGAGAUGGGGUGGACCGGAAAACAAAUGGUCUUGGCUUUGGUGAUGGUUUUCACCGGCUCCAUCAACACCCUCACUGCCAAGUGGGCUGAUCGCAUCCAGUCGGUGAACAGACAAGGGCACAAGACCACCUUCAGUCACCCGUUCUUCCAGGCAGACUGCAUGUUUAUUGGGGAGAUGCUCUGCCUGGCGACCUUCUACCUACAGCUGAUGAUCACUCGAAGGUCUCAACGUGACACGGUAGAGAUGGCGCCUGACCCUCACCAGGUGGUGGACGUUCCCCGCUACAUCUUCUACCUGCCCGCCAUUUGUGAUGUCACUGCUACCUCCAUGAUGUACCUCGGACUGACGCUCACCUACUCCAGCUCCUUCCAGAUGUUGAGAGGUGCUGUCAUCGUGUUCACGGGGUUACUGUCGGUGGCGUUCUUAGGUCGUCGCCUCAGGUACUUCCACUGGCUGGGCAUCGUUAUCGUCAUCGGCGGCCUUAUCAUCGUCGGCUUCUCGGACUUCCUCGUCUCCGGGGAGGACAAAUAUGAUAUCAACGGCAUCAUCACCGGGGACUUGUUGAUAGUGGCAGCUCAGGUUUUUACGGCCACCCAGAUGGUUGUCGAGGAGAAAUUCUUGGCCAAGUAUAAAGCGCCGCCCCUGAUGGUUGUGGGCUGGGAAGGAGUGUUUGGGUUCUUGACAUUAUCGGUGCUGCUGGUGCCGAUGUAUUACAUCCCCGCCGGCAAGUUCAGCGGCAACGAGCGGGGGGUCCUGGAGGACGCCAUAGACGCCUUCGUCCAGCUGUCCAACAGUGGAACCUUAGUGGCUUCCAUCAUCUUAACCAUCAUCAGCAUCGCCUUCUUCAACUUCGCUGGCGUGAGCGUCACAAAGGAGUUCUCGGCCACAACCAGGAUGGUUCUCGACUCCGUUAGGACUCUUGUCAUCUGGCUUGUGACUCUCGCCCUCAGGUGGCAGACCUUCCAGUACCUCCAGCCAAUAGGUUACGUGGUGCUAGUAGUGGGGAUGAUGCUGUACAAUGACGUGCUGAUCCUCCCCUUCCUGCGUCGUAGAGGCUUAGUGCGGGACCAGCCCUCCGAGUCUGACAGCCAGCCAGUGAUAAAGUCAACGGACGAGGUAGACGGAGUUGACAACGGAGCCACAGUUGAACCCUUCUAACACCUGCACCACCUUAGAGAAGCAUUUUGUUAUUGUUCAGGAUCCUUUCUAAACUUCUUGCAUAUUAGGAGAAAAACAUUGUAAUUAUUUUCCCGUCAAAUUUUUGUAAUCAUUGAACUCAAAACAUGUAUGUGAUAUAAUAUAAAGUAUAUUCAUAAAUGUUAA